CCCACUCAUGUGUCCGGAGGCGGAAGUGUGCGGGGAGCACCGGGGCCGGGCAGCGGCGAGGGGCUGAACGGAGCCGACCCAGGAGCCGGGACCCUCCGGGCUCAGGGGGCAAAGGCACAGAUGGUGCUUGGAUGAACAACCUGGCCGAUGUGGAUUCGUUGUUGAGCAAAGGAUGCUUGCCCGCGGCAGACAGAUAUUUGUUGGCUUCUCGGGCUACUGGAAGCCUUUUUUCAGAGGCCGGUUCCUUCUAGUUACAAACACUGUGAGCUGUGGGGCUCUCCUGGCGACUGGCGACACCCUCCAGCAGACAUGGGAAAUGAGGAAGGACCCGGAGCGGAAGCGGGAGCUGGGCCGCACAGCUCGGAUGUUUGCUAUUGGCUGCAGCAUGGGCCCGUUAAUGCAUUACUGGUAUCUCUGGUUAGACAAAGCAUUUCCUGCAAGUGGAUUAAAAGGAAUUAAAAUUGUCCUGAAGAAAGUCUUCAUCGACCAGAUCGUAGCAUCUCCGGCCUUGGGAAUCUGGUAUUUUCUGGGGAUGGGGUCGCUGGAGGGGCAGACGCUGGAGGAAAGCUGGGAGGAGCUCAGAGAGAAGUUCUGGGAAUUUUACAAGGCAGACUGGUGCGUCUGGCCAGCAGCUCAGGUGAUUAACUUCCUGUUCCUUCCUCCCAAGUAUCGGGUGAUUUAUGUGAAUGUGGUGACCUUGGGCUGGGACACAUACCUUGCCUACCUCAAACACAGGCACAAGCAGCCGCUCGGUGCCGAAGCUUAGCUGAAGAGCAGCAUUCAGCAUCACCACACUGGGGUGAAAACUGGGGGCUGACAAGCUGUUUGCAAGGACUGCUGCUCUGUGUCCAUCUGUUCCUGUGAGAUGCCAAUCAAGUGCAAAUUCCAGAUUCGUUCCUGGGGGAGGGAGCUGGCUCCCAUGCAGACCAGAAAAAAUAGCCUGAUCAAGUGAACAAAAUGCUUCCUGGAGACAAAUCACUGCCGUCGUCCUGUGGCUGACCUAUCCAGAUGGGUGUGGAAGAGAAACAUGAGGGGGGGGUCUCUCUCUCUGAGUUAGCAUUUAACUUGCUAGCCGCAAACCCAAUGACUUUUUAAAAUGAAGAAUCAUGUGUCAACAGGCUGCGUAACCGGACUGAGUUUCUUAUUCCUCCACUGACUUCUGGGGAAGUGGGGCAGGUGCUCCAUGUUACUGUUUGCCACUAAGUGAGCCAAGAUCCUUAAAAUAAUCCCAUGACUUGGAACCAACUUAAUUCAUUCUCACUGUGUCUGAAAACUGUAUUUUGCUAGAAACGGUGAUGUGCCAAAAUGUCACUUAAAAAAAAUUAUGAGACCUUAA